CGAUGAUCCUAUGAGUCAAUCUUGGGACGUCAAGUUACCGUGGCAAGCUCUCGGUGGAGAUAAGCGGACUGAAAACGGUUCUGUAUCUUUCAAUGAUGUUUACUUCAAGACCGUUCUCCAGCAUGAAGGCGGAACCCCAUUCAACAUCCUCCAUUCUUCUUAUGAAGAUGCCAUCGGUAUGGAUAAGUUCCAGACGUUGAAGAAAAAGGUCAAGCCCACCGGUCCAGAAUUCGCUGCAGCGCCUCAGGAUACGACCUUCGAUGGGAGUUCUUAUGAUCUAGAUGCUCGAUUUGUAGCCAAUGUCAAGCUUUCGCCGUGGGUACAAGCUGGCGUGGUUGAUAGUCCAGAGUAUCAACUGAUUGCGUUGCUCGGGGCCACUCUCGAAAGCCAUCAAACCAAAAUUCAGAAGUAUUUCUCAGCAAUUCAAGAACGCAUGAAUAACAACUCAGUGGAAGCGCUUACUGAUUAUCUCACUCUAGCGGAAACCCGCAGACGCAUAUAUCGGCCAUUGCCUCUUGACGAGUUUGGUUACACAUUACCUUACGCUAAGUCGAUCUCGCCGGAUGCACCUUUCAUGGAGAUGAAGCCUGAUGGCACGAUUGGAGCUAUGCCAGCUCGAGGUCAGACCUUCCUCAACGAAUGGACCAAUGCUCUUGGAGGGAUAGACCCAGAGCUGUUACCCAAACCUGACGCGCCGCAUACACAUGCUCCCGUCUCUCUGCAAGCUCUUCCCAGGCCCAACAGGCUCGCUGCAGUGCGAUGCCAAGGUACUGUCCAACUUGAGAAAGUCGAGAAACAUGCAGAUGAGGCUCAUGGUUGUCCUUACUUCACUGCACGUCCCAUUGCGAAGGGUGAUGCGAAUGGUGUCAUUAAGUCUCCAAUCACGAAAGAUGUUCAUAUCCCCAAUUGGACAGACGACAUCCUCCCUCUAAUAAGAAAUCCCUCCUGGUGCAAAGAAAAAUCCCCAGAGAAAGGAGCUCAUUGGAUCAGUGCCAUGAAGUAUUGGAGCUCUUGGAGUUUGGAUGAAUUUGAAGACGUCAAGAAGAGAGCUGUCAGCAUCCAUCAACAUCUACGUUCAAAGACUAUGCCGAUAACUCGAGAUCCACAAGAUUACUGGCCAGAUACCGCACUAGAAACCUUCCGCAAUUGGGCAAAUGCAGGUUUCCCGAAAGACAGCUCAGAUUUCCCAGUGCCAAGGGUUGUCAUUCCCAAGCCCCAGGACGCGAGUAAGGUUUAUGGUGUGAGACGGGACAUCAUGAGUUUGAGCAAGCAAGAGCUUGCGAUAUACCAGUCUAAACUCGACGAUGUCCUUCAGGUGAGCGUAUUGGGCUCGAAGUGGCAAGAGUUAGGGCUUCUCCACACGGAAUGGUGCCUCCAUUACCAGGAAGCCACGUUUCUCUGGCACCGAGCAUUCCUCCUCUAUAUUGAGAAGCUCAUCGAUUAUCCCAUUCCUUAUUGGAACGGGUUCUCUAUAGCUUCCUCUGACCCUACCUCUGCAGAUGCUGGUAUUCCUCGGGUUUUCCUGGAGGAAACUUACAUCCACCCAAAGGACGGCAGUGUACGGCCAAAUCCUCUCAAGUAUGCGCUCGCCCUGGAUGGUAAAUCAAAAAGCGGUAAGGGCCAAUGGGUGACCCGGGAUCCAACCUUAGUUGAAGGGCCUUCCUCACCAGACUGGCAGCGAAAGAUUAGCUUGUUCAGCAAAUACCACGAGCAAAUCACCCAGGCUCUGCAACAAAAGACCUUUACUUCAAAGGACACUCAGGAGGGGUUCGGCAUACCGUGGGCGAACAUACCCACCUUUUCCGACGACCAGCCUGAUAGCCUAUACCCUUACCGUCUCGACUUUGAUGGGCUGUUCGAACAGGUCCAUGACAACUACCACGGCUGGGUUGGACCAGAUAUGGCAGACAAUACGUACACGGCAUUUGACCCCAUCUUUCUCUCGUAUCAUGCCAAUAUGGAUCGUUUAGCCGGGGUAUUCCUGGACGCACACCCGGACACCCAUCUCACGUCAAACUAUCCUCUCCAGCCAUUCAUCGCGAACGGCACCGACGUGGCGUAUGAUGACCCUCGUCGCUGGAUAUACACCACGAUCGGCGACAUGGCAAAAGACACUCGAGCCAUGGGUUACAUGUACGGAGCCCCGACCAGUCCCGACGCGUACAUGCUAAAGUCGGCGCUCGAGCGAGGCUUUUACAAGAUGAACGCCUCUGGGGGGCGCGCGCUCAGCCUGCCCGCCGGCGUCAACAUUGACAAGGGGAGUGUCCCAGCCAGAUCCGAAAAUCAUCAGGGGAAGAAAUCGGAAGUGGAGGCACGCAAGGUGCCGUUCAUUUUGUUUCGCGGAGUGGGCUGCACGGAGAAGAGCUACCGCAUCGAUGUAUUUACUCAUGGCGCGAAGUCGACUGAGCCGUGUGCCGUGACGAAUUCCGACUUCAUCGGACAGGUGACUCGGUUGGGCAUGGGUCCCGGUCGUGGUGGAGCGGGGCCGCGGAAUACUGGGCGAUGCCGGAAACCGGUAGCCACUAGGGUACUUCAAGCUCAGCACUUUGCUGAGCAGCUGGCUACCGACAAAGCGGUGAAGUUGGUGGUGACCCGUCUCGAUGACGGGCAACGCUUGGCCAUGGAGGACUAUUCUGAUAUGACCGGGUUCGAACCAAGGAUACUAUGGCUGCCGGAGCGCAAUUAGUCAAAUUGGGAAGAGCCAUGCACUACGACUAUUUCUCAUACGUAUGGAGUACCUUGGCGGAAGGUUUCUUACAUGCUUCUACUUGGUGCCAGAGCCGAAAGCUUCGCUGCUUGGCUUGUUGGGAUUUUCUUCUCGAUCAUGUCCCAUUUGCAUUUGGCCUUGAAGUGCUCUCCUUGUCUCUGCAGCCUACAC